UGUGCAACUGGAAUAUUGGAAGUCAGAUGUGCGAAAGUGGCUUUUGAACAGCAAGAGUGGAGCAUAUUAAGGAUGGACAGAAUGACAGAAGAUGCUCUGCGCCUGAACCUCUUAAAACGGAGCUUGGACCAAGCGGAUGACCGGGAUGAUGUCCUGGCAAAAAGGUUGAAAAUGGAAGGACAUGAGGCAAUGGAACGCCUGAAGAUGCUGGCGCUGCUGAAGAGGAAAGACCUCUCAGGCAUUGAGGUGCCCCAUGAGCUCCCAGUGAAACAGGAUGGUGUGAAAGUCUAUGAAGAAAAGCUGAAUGGGAGCCUUAGGCCCCAUGGGGAUGGCAGGACUGCAGGGAGGCCAGGGAAGGAAAACAUUAACGAUGAGCCGGUGGAUAUGAGUGCAAGGAGAAGUGACCAGGACAGGGGUCGAUUAACCCCAUCACCGGAUAUAAUUGUCCUCUCUGAUAAUGAGGCAUCCAGUCCCCGUUCCAGCUCUCGUAUGGAAGAAAGACUUAAGGCAGCAAAUCUUGAAAUGUUUAAGGGUAAAAGCUUAGAGGAGCGACAGCAGCUUAUCAAACAGCUUCGGGAUGAGCUACGACUGGAGGAGGCCAGGCUUGUGUUGCUGAAAAAACUGAGGCAAAGCCAGCUGCAAAAGGAGAAUGUGGUGCAGAAGACUCCUGUUGUCCAGAAUGCAGCGUCUAUUGUACAGCCAUCUCCUGCUCAUGUGGGACAGCAGGGACUGUCCAAGCUUCCCUCCAGGCCUGGAGCUCAGGGGGUUGAGCCUCAGAACUUAAGGACAUUACAGGGUCACAGUGUCAUUAGGUCUGCCACAAAUACGACUCUGCCCCAUAUGCUUAUGUCGCAGCGUGUGAUUGCUCCAAACCCUGCCCAGUUACAAGGGCAGCGUGUUCCUCCUAAACCUGGUCUCAUCCGCACUACAACUCCAAGCAUGAAUCCAGCCAUCAACUACCAACCGCAAUCAAGUUCUUCUGUUCCUUGCCAGCGUACGUCGUCUUCAGCCAUCUAUAUGAAUCUUGCCUCUCACAUCCAGCCUGGCACUGUGAACAGGGUGUCGUCUCCGCUCCCCAGCCCCAGUGCUCUGAACGAUGCCGCCAAUUCCCAGGCAGCUGCCAAGCUUGCCCUGCGCAAGCAACUGGAAAAGACACUGCUGGAGAUUCCACCCCCAAAGCCACCUGCACCCCUGCUUCACUUCCUGCCCAGCGCAGCCAACAGCGAGUUCAUCUACAUGGUGGGGCUGGAGGAGGUGGUACAAAGUGUUAUCGACAGCCAAGGGAAAAGCUGUGCGUCCCUCCUGCGUGUGGAGCCCUUUGUCUGUGCUCAGUGCCGCACCGACUUCACCCCUCACUGGAAGCAGGAGAAAAAUGGGAAGAUCCUGUGUGAGCAAUGCAUGACUUCCAAUCAGAAGAAGGCACUGAAGGCAGAGCACACCAACCGGCUGAAGAACGCCUUUGUGAAAGCUUUGCAGCAGGAGCAGGAAAUCGAGCAGAGGCUACAGCAGCAGACAGGCUUGUCUCCCACUGCGGCUCCUGCUGUCUCCAGUGUCAGCAAACAAGAGAACAUCAUGAGGCACCACACGCUCCGGCAGGCUCCACAGCCCCAGAGUACUCUGCAGCGUGGCAUCCCCACUUCUGCCCGCUCGAUGCUUUCCAACUUUGCCCAGGCACCCCAGCUGUCUGUAGCGGGUGGUCUCCUUGGUAUGCCAGGUGUUAACAUUGCAUACCUGAAUGCUGGGAUUGGAGGCCACAAAGCGUCGAGUUUGGCGGACCGGCAGCGGGAAUACCUUUUAGAUAUGAUCCCACCCCGGUCUAUAUCGCAGUCCAUCAGCGGACAGAAAUAACGCCUAUUGACCGUUCCCCUUCCUCCCCACUUCCGUCGCAUGCAGUGCCUGUACUGGUGCCUACCGUACACGGGGAAAAAGACAAAAAAAAAGAAACAAAAAAACACACAAAAAAACAAACGAAAAAAACCCAUUUCAAACCUUCAGCGACCUGUCCUUUUCCAAACCUUAACUCCUUUGGUUUUCUAUAGCAGUGAGAGGUCACUUCCUUUGCCCGAGGUCAGAACAAUGUCUGCUUGAAAUCAGCACUAUACAUGUGUUAAAGCUUGUUUUAUGCUAUUUUUUUGUAAUGACAAAGCAUAGAAUUUUUAAUUGUGUUGUGUUUUUUUUCCCCCCCCUCCUUUUCCUUUGCUAAAUGGACGGUUAAACAUUUUUUUUCCUUUCCAGAGACUUGUAAGGGCAUCCACUCUACAUAAAGUGACCGUUUUUUUAAAGGGCAGCCUGUGCUGACUCGCGGGGAAACUGGGGCAAGGAGACGCAGCGGGCUGGAGCCCGGGCAGCCGUCCUCUGCCGCUGGUAGGGUGCUCUUUCCUUUGCUCGGCAGGAGUAGCGAGGAGACGCUCUACGUCUAGCUGAGGGUUGACCCCGAACAUCUUAGCUCGUGCGUCCCUCCCCGGAGGAAGGGAGCGUGGUUUGCGACGGCGCUGGUGCCCGCGCGCGCCGG